GGCUUUUAUCAAGUCAAUGGGUUAAAUAUGACAGUUUUGAUGAAAAUUCCUAUGUCUGGAGUAUACAACUUCAAUUUAAAUAUUUGGCAAACGAUUUGCAAACGCUAAAAUGGACAAGAUCAUUAAAUUACGCAAGACGUGAAAUCAUGAAUAUUCAAAAUCUUACUGCGAAACGAUUGGUUGAAUUUUUAUCUAUAUGUCACGUGGGGGUAAUUCAUUUGGAAGUUGCUUAGAAAAAAAAACGCAUAUAAAAACUGACAUGAAAGACGUAUUAAUUCAGAAACAAACGAAUAUAUGACGCAAGUGGACGCUUGAGUAAUAUAUUGAAAUUUUACUUAUAAAUUCAUGAUUUAGAAAAUAAGUAUCAGUUAUUAAACACUUAAGGAAAAAUACAAAGCAAGACGUGAGAAACUAACUGUGAUAAUACUAAUAAUAUGCAUACACGAAAUUACUUGAAUUUAGUCCGUUAAGUGUAUUAUAAUUUCAUCAAAAACAUUUUGUAUGAAUAUUUUGUAAUAAAAUAUGUUCAGCUAAAGACAAAAAAAGAACAAUAUUUUUAACCGUUACUUUUUCAUGUGGCAAAAAAAUCAUUCCACUAUAUAUAUAUACGGGAAUAUAAGUAAAACGACUUAAAACUACGACAUAGUGUAAUCAUGGCAAACGAGAAGAAAAAAGGGAAAGGACUCAAUGGAAAGGAACUGUCAAGUCAUAUUAGUUUGGAACUAAGCGACCAUAAGAAGACCCUUUAUGACGAACAAGACGAAGAUUGUAAACGUGGAAACAUCUGGGUCAUAUUGACAUUUGUGUUUGGUAUGGUGUCAGCUAUCCUGUUAAUCACACUGAUAAGUUUUUGCUUCGUCGGGGAGAAGAGAACUAUAGUCAUUCCACAGAACUGUGAUGUUGAGGACAAAACGACAGAACCUCGAAGCAAACGCUAUACAGAACAUUUAACAGUCUCGCGCACUAACGGAAGUGACGUUUUUGAAGAAUUGUCACGGUAUGAAAUAGAAAUGGUGGUUGACUUCCUACAUGCUCAGAAACAUCUGCAACUUGUCGAUCCUAAAAGAGCGAGAGUAAACUCAAAUUUUAUACAUUCUAUUGAAAUGAAAAUGCCAGAAAAAGACAUUGUUCUCUCUUAUCUAAGAGGGGAUUCCGACAAACCUGAAAGAAGGGCCUCUGUAUAUAUAUUUAUGGGGGCAUCAGACCCAGCGUCUGUGGACGAGUAUGUCGUCGGGGGAAUAGAUGACAAUAUGUACGCGCACCGCGUGAAGACCUCAAAGCGCCGAACCAAAAUUCCGUUUGAAUACAGACCUUUCUCUACAGCUGAAUUCAUGUCAAUUUUCAAAACUAUACUUCCAAAAAUCAUGAAACUUUCCGGUGGAGUUUUAAAAGAGAGUUAUGAUGCUUUACCUUUUAAAUGUGGUGAAAAAUGUUUGAGAAUAUCUAUGGCGCCCGUUUCAAGCGCGUUUAUUCCGAAAGGAACCAGAAAAGCGUGGUUUUGGUUUCAGUAUGACCUAGAAUUUCCGUCCGUCCGACCACUUGAUUUUCAAUUCUUGGUUGACACAACUUCGGUACAUACGGAGAACUGGGCUAUCGAAAAUGUUUGGUAUGCGAAUCAGUCUUUUCCGAAUAUGUCAGUUUUUCUUGAUCAGUAUUAUAACGGCAGUAUCAAUAAAACUAGGGUGUCUUUUCCUGCUGAUGAAGAUCGUUUAUACGGAUCUAUGGAAUUCAGAACACCUCUUGUGCCACAUGAACCAUUAAAAGCGCCAAGACAAUUUGAACCAGACGAACGCCGGUUCAAAAUAACGCAAAAUGAAAUCCAUUAUAUGAACUGGAAAACAAAUUUCCGAAUCUCCACUUCUGGUGGCCUUCAUCUUAUGAAUAUACGUUUUUCUGACGAAAGAAUUGUCUAUGAGCUCAGUAUGCAAGAAGUUGCAGUAAUGUACGCUGGAUAUAGCCCAGUAUCUCGGGUAAUGAACUAUGCAGACGGUGCGGGCAUGUUUGGUACACGAUAUCGAGGUUUACUUCCGGGUGUUGAUUGUCCUGCGCAGGCGCAGUUCGUCGACACUUACUUAUACACAUCCAAUGAAAUGGGCGGCAGAAUCUUCGAGAACGCUUUUUGUGUAUUCGAAUUAAAUACACAUUCUUUACUGCGAAGACACCGUGCUUACGGAAGAUCCGGAGCAUUGUACGGCGGUCUGGAAGUGGUGGCAUUAGUUAUUCGGUCAAUAAUUUCUGUUUUAAAUUAUGAUUAUGUGUUUGACUUCAUGUUCUAUCAAAAUGGCGCCAUAAAAACGAAGGUAUCAAUGACAGGUUAUCUCGGUACAACGUUUUAUUUCCCGGAAGAGACUAAAUAUGGAACACAUGUUCAUAAAAACGUAGCGGCAGCUCUUCAUAAUCAUUUAUUCCAUUUCAAAGCUGACCUUGACAUUAAGGGAACAAGCAAUCGUUACGAAACACUUGAUAUCAAAACGAGGCUGGAUGACAAUCCAUGGAUAGAUGGUGAACAGCACUAUCAGCCUUAUUUUGAAAGAACUUUGAAACAAAAUGAGCUCUCCGCAGUUUAUAACUACAACUUUGAUACACCAAAAGUGCAUGUGUUUUCAAAUCAUGGAGAUAUAUCAGAACUCGGGAACCCACGUGGCUACAGAAUAGAAAUUGAAAAAAUGAGCAAACAAUUAUUACCUAAAGGUUAUGGAUUCGAGAACUCGAUUUCAUGGUCAAGAUACCAGAUGGCGGUGACCAAAUACCAACCGGAAGAGGAGCGCAGUUCUAGUCCGUUUACUAUGUGGGAUGCCAGAGACCCAGUCGUCAACUUUCAGAAAUACAUAGACGACGACGAUAGUCUUGUUGAUCAGGACUUGGUAACGUGGAUAACUUUAGGGACACAACAUUUACCUCAAACUGAGAACCUGCCAACCACAACAACGAUUGGUUCCCAGCUUUCUUUCUAUAUAAUUCCAUUCAACUAUUUCGACGAAGACCCGUCUAUGCACUCACGUGACGCGGUUCGGAUUACUCCAUUGGACAAAGCCAACCCACUAGGUGGCGCAAAAGUAGAACAAUAUGGUGCAUUUGAAAAAGUUCAGUGUGUGCCACUUUAUGAUUUUCCAAAAGACUUGUUGGAAAAGAACAGUACAUUUCUAUUUUCGUAACUUGUUCAACUAUUUAUUAUACCCUCACAAAAUGUGUUUUCAGGGGCUAAAUUUGAAUCAAUUUGUCCCGUUCAUCCGUCACGACACAUUAACAAAAUAUCUUUCAUCCCACUGUAAGGAAUUUAAUACAUCGUGUGAUAGAUCGCAAAAUAAAAAGAAGUAUUGAGUUAUAAAAAACGUAUUUCUGUCUUGGAUAGUUUCAGAAUUAUUCCCCUUUUUGCAGGUACGUUUGCAAGGGCAGUAACUUUAAAUUCUUUGUAGGAAAUUUAAUUCAACUUAAAGUUUCAUAAGACUUAAAAUUUUAUGUUAAAAACUGAUAAAACAGCUGUCCAGAUAGAUGGUAUGCGAAAUUAUUUGGUAAGAAAAACCGUUACUUUUAAUACUGCACAUGAGACUGUGCUGUAAGAGCUACAAAGGGAGGUAAUGAAAGACAGCAGAUUCAAUAAAACCUUCUGUUAUAUUCAUCAAUAUUCAAAUCUUUGUCAAACAUAAUAGAAAAACAAUUAUCGUACAUAGGAUUUAACAUGUAAUUAGGAAAAAGUGUAUAGCACAAGAAUAAUAACUAUAACUUUAAAGGUGGUUAAUCAGAUAUUGAUCAAGUAAUAGAUUUGUUAGAAAGUUUAAGACGUGAUCAAUUACACUUAUUUGUUUUCACUGAAUGCUUAAUACAUGUUAGAUUUUCACUGGAGGUAUUUUGAAAAUUGAUUUUCCCAUUUUGGUUGCCCGACCAAGAUGAGUCAUUUAAGCAUAGGUAUAACUUGAAUAAAAGUUGCUUAAUGAAUGUUAAAGAUAUAAGAACUAUAGUUGUUAAAGAUUUACAUUGCUGAAUAUAUAUUUAGCCGAAAGGCACUGGAAAUAAAAGUUCAUAGAAUUGUUA